GGUCUGCAUAGAGUCAAAAGAUACUCACUUGAACACAACACGAGAGACUUACUGCCCACAGGAGCAGCGAAGCACACUCAUUUGGAGCUCUUCAAGAAGAGAAGACAAGCUCAGUGAAACAUUUGACGACUAUCUGCAAGAACUGACAGAAGACAAGAUUCUACUCAAGAUGCCUGAGAACGCUGGACACGUUAUGGAGGAGGAAGUGGAGACCUUUGCCUUCCAGGCUGAGAUUGCUCAGCUUAUGUCCCUUAUUAUCAACACUUUCUAUUCAAACAAAGAGAUCUUCCUUAGAGAGCUCAUCUCCAACUCCUCAGAUGCUUUGGACAAAAUCAGAUAUGAAAGCUUGACAGACCCCAGCAGACUUGACUCCUGCAAGGAGCUGAAGAUUGAAAUCAGACCUGACCUGCACGCUCGCACCCUAACCCUGAUUGACACAGGUAUUGGCAUGACCAAGGCUGACCUGAUCAAUAACCUGGGCACAAUCGCUAAAUCUGGCACCAAGGCUUUCAUGGAGGCUCUGCAGGCUGGAGCCGACAUCUCCAUGAUCGGUCAGUUUGGUGUGGGUUUCUACUCUGCCUACCUGGUGGCCGAGAAGGUGACAGUCGUCACCAAGCACAACGAUGACGAGCAGUACAUCUGGGAGUCUGCAGCUGGAGGCUCAUUCACAGUCAAACCUGAUACCGGAGAGUCCAUUGGCAGAGGCACGAAAGUGAUCCUUCAUCUUAAGGAAGAUCAGACAGAAUACUGUGAGGAGAAGCGCAUCAAAGAAGUUGUGAAGAAGCACUCACAGUUCAUUGGCUACCCUAUUACACUUUAUGUGGAGAAGACAAGGGAGAAGGAAGUGGACCUUGAGGAGGGAGAAAAGGAAGAGGAAGUUGACAAAGAUGCUGCUGAGAAUAAGGACAAGCCAAAGAUUGAGGAUGUUGGCUCUGAUGAGGAUGAGGACACAAAGGACGGCAAGAACAAGAGGAAGAAGAAGGUCAAGGAAAAGUACAUCGAUGCUCAGGAGCUGAACAAGACCAAGCCCAUCUGGACACGUAACCCAGACGACAUCACCAAUGAAGAAUACGGAGAGUUCUAUAAGAGUCUCACAAAUGACUGGGAGGACCACCUGGCUGUCAAGCAUUUCUCAGUGGAGGGUCAGCUGGAGUUCCGCGCCUUGCUCUUUGUACCCAGAAGAGCUGCAUUUGACCUCUUUGAAAACAAGAAAAAGAGAAACAACAUUAAGCUUUAUGUGCGCAGGGUCUUCAUCAUGGACAACUGUGAGGAGCUGAUUCCAGAGUACCUCAAUUUCAUCAAGGGUGUGGUGGACUCUGAGGAUCUGCCGCUGAACAUCUCCAGAGAGAUGCUGCAGCAGAGCAAGAUCCUGAAGGUCAUCCGCAAGAACCUGGUCAAGAAGUGCCUGGAGCUUUUCACUGAACUGGCUGAGGACAAGGACAACUACAAAAAAUACUACGAGCAGUUCUCCAAGAACAUUAAGCUUGGCAUCCAUGAGGAUUCACAAAACAGGAAGAAGUUGUCUGAGCUGCUGCGCUACUACACCUCAGCCUCUGGGGAUGAGAUGGUUUCCCUGAAGGACUAUGUUUCUCGCAUGAAGGACAACCAGAAACACAUCUACUACAUCACAGGUGAAACCAAAGACCAGGUGGCUAACUCUGCUUUUGUGGAGCGCCUUCGCAAAGCUGGCCUGGAGGUCAUUUACAUGAUUGAGCCCAUCGAUGAAUACUGUGUCCAGCAGCUGAAGGAAUAUGAUGGCAAGAACCUGGUUUCAGUGACUAAAGAAGGCCUGGAGUUGCCUGAGGAUGAGGAUGAGAAGAAAAAGCAGGAAGAGCUCAAAAAUAAGUUUGAGAACCUUUGCAAGAUUAUGAAGGACAUCCUCGACAAAAAGAUUGAAAAGGUUGUAGUCUCCAACCGCCUGGUCUCUUCCCCCUGCUGCAUCGUUACCAGCACCUACGGCUGGACAGCCAACAUGGAGAGGAUCAUGAAGUCUCAGGCCCUGAGAGAUAACUCCACCAUGGGCUACAUGACAGCUAAGAAGCACCUUGAGAUCAACCCCCUGCAUCCAAUCAUUGAGACCUUGAGGGAUAAGGCAGAGGCUGACAAGAAUGAUAAGGCUGUUAAGGACCUGGUCAUCCUCCUGUUCGAGACUGCCCUGCUGUCUUCAGGAUUCACACUGGAGGACCCACAGACACAUGCCAACCGCAUCUACAGAAUGAUCAAGCUUGGUCUUGGUAUCGAUGAUGAUGAUUCUGCAGUUGAAGACCUCAUUCAGCCUGCUGAUGAGGACAUGCCAGUCUUGGAAGGUGAUGACGACACAUCAAGAAUGGAGGAAGUUGACUAAAAAUGCCCAGUUGACCCUUUCCUGCUUUCUUAAUUUUUAUUUUUGUAAGAUAUAUUGCUUCUUCAAACAGACAUUUCAUUCUAACACAGCUCCCAUUUCUUAAGCAGUAUUAACUAGUCAGUACAAGUUAAUUAAUGGAAUUAAUGUAGACCACAAUGUGGUUUAGUCAACAUUAUAUUAGCUGCUUAAAUAAAACUACUAGCAAUCAUUAAGAUUAACAUAAAGUCACUGGGAAUUUGACUUCUUUUUGUAACUAUUACAUUUUUUAUGAAAUGCAUUAAAAUUUGUAAUAAAAUGUAUUCAUAAAUAAGA